AUGCAACUUACCAAGGACAAGAGUACUGAGCCACCAGUCCGAGCUUGUGGAAUUUGUCUACAAUUUGGACACCCCACUGAUAUGUGUCCCACACUACAAGAUGAUGUUGAACAAGCACAAGCACUUGGAGGUUAUCCGGGGCAAAAUUCAAGACAAUAUGAACAACACCGAGGCAAUCAGAAUUGGGGACAACCUCCCAACAUGAAUUUCCAGCAAAGGCCUCAACAAUAUCAACAACGCCCAACCUUUCAAGGUAAUCAACAACAACAAAACUAUCAGUCUAGACAACAACCACCUGUACAACAACAAGUGGGAAGCUCGGGAAUGUCUUUGGAAGAUAUUGUGAAAAGCUUGGCAACCAACACGCAUACGUUCCAACAGGAAACUAAAGCUAGCAUCAAGAACUUGGAACAACAGAUGGCUCAACUUGCUAGCUCGGUGAGUAAAUUAGAGUCUCAUGGUAAAUUGCCCGCACAAACCGAGAAUAACCCAAAGCACAACGUGAGUGCCAUUACCUUGAGGAGUGGAAAGAGCUACGACGGUCCGAGUAUGCAAGAAGAAGAGGAAAUUGUUGUUGAGAAGAAGAACCGGGAUAAGAUGAAAUUACAAGAACCGGUUAGAAGUGAAAUGAAUUUUACUCCGAUAGCUCCAUUCCCAUCAUGGCUGAAAAGCACAAAGAAGGAGAGGGAAGAGCAAGAAAUCAUGGAGACAUUCAGGAAGGUUGAGGUAAACAUUCCACUUCUUGAUGCCAUAAAACAAGUCCCACGGUAUGCAAAGUUCCUCAAAGAACUUUGUACAUCAAAGAAGAAACUUAAAGGUAAUGAGACAGUCAAGGUAAGUGAAAAUAUUUCAGCUGUUUUACAAAAGAAAUUACCUCCAAAGUGCAAGGAUCCAGGUGUUUUCACCGUUCCUUGUAAAUUGGGAAAUCUUAACAUACCUCGAGCCAUGCUCGACCUUGGAGCCUCUAUUAACGUCCUACGAAAUUCUAUUUUCAAAACACUUAAUGUAGGACCGUUAAAGAGGACCGGGGUAGUCAUUCAAUUGGCCGAUCGAUCCAUAGUACGCCCAAAAGGUGUAUUAGAAGAUAUAUUGGUACAAGUGAAUGAAUUAGUCUUUCCAGCUGAUUUUUAUGUGCUAGACAUGGAAGAUGAAAACGCCCCAAAUUCCAGUUCAAUUUUAUUAGGAAGACCAUUUUUAAAAACCGCAAGGGCUAAAAUUGAUGUUUAUAAUGGCACUCUUUCUAUGGAAUUUGAUGGGGAGGUAAUCAAUUUCAACAUAGAUGAUGCGAUGCGUUAUCCUAGUGAUGUCUCGUCUUUGAAUUAUAUAGAUGUCACUGAACCACUAACUAAUGAAUGUUUUGAGUUGUCUAACCAUGAUGUUCAAGCAUUAGUGUAUAACAGAAGUAUUGAUGAAGCACCGACAAAAGAACUUACUGAAAAGUUCAAGCUUGGGGAGAAUCCGAUGGAUGUUACGACCCUGAUGGACCCACAGAAGAAAGCAAAGUACAAAACACCAAAAUUCAAAUCACCAAGUAUUAUUCAAAAGCUUCUUCCGUGUAUUGAGCAAGCACCAGAUUAA